UGGAUUAAUCAAGAUUUUCAACCGUCUUCUCUACUGAAAUCUGAUAAUAAGCUGAUGUGUGGCUUUGUACACGACAUCUGUGGGAAGUUAUUGUGCCCUUCAGAGUGGCACUGGGCUGGUAUCCGCGACAGAACAGUAGAUUACAUUGUAUCGGAAAACUCCUGGCUGCUAUUCUUGUAUGAGAAAUACACAGUCAGCUAUGGCAACCUCGAGCAAGGCCUCUUUAAGUCCAAGAUUCUGGUUCAGGCUUUUAAAGCUAUUUUCACAUCUCCCUCUUCUGCAAGAGAAGCUGAUGGAGACAGCGAUGGAGCAGACAUCCUCAAAAACAAUAGGUUAGAAAUUGUUACCCACCAUCAAAGCCUCACAUGCAAUAAGGUUCAUUUCGCGCUGUCCAACAUCUCAUCUUGGCGCACCAUUUAUGGCGACUUUGACUAUGAAGCAUUUUGGAAUAAUGUGGUGGACUUUUUCAAGGAUCUCCCAGGGCCUGUUGCACAAAGUAGGGUGAACCAACUUCUCGAAUGGUGGACUAGGAAAGUUUUUGGAAAUAACCAUCGUCAAGACCUGACACCAGAGGUCGUAUCUCAUAUGUCUGUCACCACACUCGCCCAACAGAGAAAGGCGCUGGAGGAU